AGCAUUCCUCCGCAGUGCCUUGUACAUAUAGAUACGCGUGUGUAGAAAAGUGUGUCCGAAGAUGCGCUACCUCCUCGCAGGUUCGUAUAUGGCCGCCAUGUUUGGGAGACGCCGCAUAACCUCUCUUCACCGAACGAAAAACCUUCAAGGCCGCCCUUAGCCAUUAUUCAAUUUUUCGUUAUUUUUCACGAGAUUUACCGUCAAACAAUCAACAGUGUAAAGCAUUAAUUUUUCGUGCUGUGCAUUUGUGCUUCACGUGCGUGGAUGCGUUCGGUUCUGUUAAGAGUGUUGCAGUGACGGAUCCAGAUACACACAUCAAUUGAGAGUGUGUGUAUAUUCUUUUUUAUUUUUAAUCAAGGAUGAUUCGUACACAUGCAGACUUAUUUUUCACUAUUCUGCAAAAUUUUUCUCUGUCAUUAAGAAUUAUAAAUGAGUCAUAAAAACGUUUAUUUUCACGUUAUUUCAUUUUAAGUUUUUCCUUUUUUUUCAUGAAGCUCGUACGUGAGUGGGAAAACGCUAGAUUGGAUUCUCUCAAAUUGAACUUAAUCUAUUUACGAUCGGGUUUGAAUAUGAGUAAUUAGGGAUAUGAACGAUGCAUUGUAAACAACGGAAGUUGAAAGUUUUAAUUGAUAACAUUUAAAUAACGAGGCUAGACAAUAAAGCUUUAAAAUUCCGCGCAACAACUUUUGUAGUUUAAUUACAAAACAAUCUUUUCUCAUUCGUAUAAUCGAAGCGAGUGUAGUUUACAAAGUAUCUAUUCCCAAAGAAAAAAAGCUGCAUAGCUCGACAAAUUUUUUUUUACGUAAUUUUGACCCGAUAACCCAAUGCCUCGCUAUGUGCGCGAAACAAUGUCAGCGUCAUCAAUUCGUCCCCAAUUACUCGUCAAUUUUUUUACUUUGUUUUUUCUUUGCGAGACAAAAUCUACGCAGCAUAAAAUUGCGAAUCUAACGUAUGAGUAUGAUGGCGGACUUUGAAACCGGUUUCUUUCGUUUUUUUUCAACGUUCUUUCCGUUAUUUUAACACAUUUUGUCUUUUACGAAAAGGUUUUUUACGGAGAGAAGAGAUAGUAAGAGAGUGCAUUUGGCUAAAAUCAAGCUCAAGUUACAAAGAUUAUUAUCCAACCGUUUCGUUCGGUUUGAAUUGUAUUCCCAAUAUACGAACUCUCCUACAAUUUAUAUGGCGAGGUUAUGCUGUUCAAUUUAUACAUGUAAUGCUUAACUUGAUUGAUCAAACAUUUAUAUGAAGCUUUCAACUUGUAGAUUUCGGGAUCCCUAGCAAUUAUUCACAUCCUCGGUGCGUCAAUAUAAAAGUCGCAGUUAACUCAAAGCACGAUCCCUGGCUCGCCGUUUACAGCAUCGAUUCUAAAAGGGAUCCCUUGAGCACACUUGUUCUUUCAAUUUCGUUCUCGGAACGGAAAAAAACGACGUACGCGUGCGACAGGUUUCGAAGGAGAAAAUAAUAAAGAAAGAAUCGUUACGUCACGCGCAAUUGCAUCGUGAGUAUGUACGCAAAGUCUUUAAUGAGCGUCAGUGUGAGCCACAUACGCAAGUGCUUCUUACCUGCGUGGCGGGCAGCCCACGUACGUACGUUUUAUGGCGAUGCAAUGCCCCGAAUCCAUACGUUUUCACCAUGCCGAUGACGACGCGCGCGUGCCCUGGCAUGCGAUCGUACGAGCGUUUUCACUGUUUUUUUCUUUUUCGGAAAAAACUGGGUCGACAGACGGCGCGACGCUUCAGUUAUGCCCAUUCUUAAGCAGCUGGGCGCGCUGAAAGAUACGAUUUUUCCAUUGUUGCUUUCGCAGCGCCUCCGACAGUUUCGCGAUGUCGAGGUCUGAUCGCGAAUGUCCGUGAAACAUUCUGAUAGAUCCUUCAGUGACACCGCGAUACUCGCGGUAGAGUAAGGUUGACUCGGCGCCGAGUUGGCACGACGCGUAACCCGCGUGCCUUGAAAUCAUUUGCAUGACCCAAGCUUCGGAAACAAAACAAACGAACAAAAAUAACGAUCCCGUGAGAAGAGUCGCGCGCUGCAGUUGACACGCAUUUCGCCGAGAGAAUAAUUAAAUGGCAACGUCAGCAUCGCUGGCUAAGCAAGCUAUAGGAAACUCGGACGAACAGCGCGCCCACGAUUGGAACAUCGCAACGCGAGCGCGUUGCUCGCCGCUCUCGUCUUCGUCGUUGAUCGAUUUCACACGUUUUAACGACGAAACCCGUGGUGCCGAAAUGCGCGCGCGUGGCGAACGCACAGUUUCGCCGGUUGGAUCGGGGCGUAGUUUUGCGGUCAGCGCGAUUCGUUUCGCGGCUGACGAUGCUCCCCAACGAUGGCGGGGCAGCAGUUCGAUUGAUUCGAAAGCAUCGCGAUCGAAAAAGCGAGCCCAAAGGAAAAAAGGAAACAAAACAAGAAGAGAAUACGGCGAUCUCUUCUCUAUAACGGUUCGCGCAGAGCAGACGCACGCCUCAGAAUCGUCAAUUAGCCGUUCAAUUUGCUCCGCACUAUUGUCUCUUCGCCGCGUCGCCUGAAAAGCCGCUUCCUCGUUUCCAUUCCGUCGGCAUCCUUGCACGUAUACCGAAAGAGAAGCACGUAGAAGAAGGCCUGCGUGCACGUGAUAUCGCAUCUAAUUGGUUUGCAUAAUGUUCGUCAUCGACCUUUCUCGCGUACCAGCGAACAAACGAACGGCAGAAAGAGAGAGAGAGAGAGAGAGAGAGAAAAUCGAUAUUUACCAUUUUCUCUUGCGAUGACGAAUUAGCGCUGGUUUGCGAGCUAAUGGAUUGGAAUUUCAACUAAUGGACGACGUUCGUGUAGUUCCGCGCACAAUAGGAGCAUAAGGGGGGGGGGGGGGGUCGAUGCGAGUUUUAAUUGUGCGCGAUUGAACAUUUUCGCGAGAACAUCGAUCCGCACGCAAGGUUAUGACAGCUUUGCCGUGAAAAGGGAAAAUCUAUUGUCCGACGCUAGUAUUUUUCGUCGCGGCAGUUCUGCUACUAUUGACACUGCAGUUGAUUACGUGAGCGAGUGUUUUUUUCUUUUAUUUUUUUUGCAAUAUUUCACUUUGCAAUUGAGUCGAAAGAAUGCUUUAUUUUUAAUUAUGAAAAAAUCUAUGUUUUUCACUCCUAAAAUAGAGGCUAGAAAUGUGCGUAUGUACUACGAGAGCGAAAGCUUUGCAAUUAUAGAUGUCAACAAAUUUUUUUUUUUUUGUACGCCUUGCCAGCGUAAUAAGACGUUCCAUUUGUCGAUAUUACAAUGGAAACUUCACGCUCCCUUCGCGUUACCGAAAGUUCGCCGCAUGAACCAAUGAGGAAGAACGAAAGUCACCAUUGCAAGAAAGUCCAUCAGCAAGAUCGUAACCAUUCCACUCCCCCCUCCGCGUGUCUUUCCGCGAAAAAAUAAAAUUGAAAUUUAUUUUUUCUACGGCGACGAACCGGCCGCGCCUUGCACUUCCUCUACCUCUUGUACACGACCAAUCCGGAUUUUAUUUUUCAAAACCCAAUAAAUUUCGCCCAAGUUCACUGAAUUUUGUUUCUGACUGUUGCAGCUUCUCGAUAGGAGGAAUCAUCAACGAGGCGUGUCUGUGUGUGUGUGUGUGUGUGUGCGCGCGUGAACGAAAAAAAAAAUAUAUAUAUACAUAUAUACAUAUAUAUCUAUAUAUAAAUAUAUUGGCGGUGAAACGUCGUCCAUAAAUUUUCCUGAGAGCUGAGUUUCCAUGACAGGCAGCCUUAUGAGGACCUCGCAAAAGAAAUCGCUCUACGUCAAAACACUAUUUAACUAUGAUCCGGCCAAGGACGAUGGAUUACCGUCUCAUGGUCUGUCGUUCGCCUAUGGUGAGAUUCUCCACGUAACCAAUGCGUCGGACGACGAAUGGUGGCAGGCGCGAAAAGUCACCCAUCUCGGUGAACAAGAGGCGUUGGGCAUAAUCCCGUCGAAGAAGCGCUGGGAGCGCAAACAGCGUGCUAGAGAUCGACAAGUCAAGUUUCAGGGACAUUGCCAGCCGGUUAUUGUUGAUAAGCAAUCAACGCUCGAGAGGAAAAAGAAGAACUUCCCGUUUGGCAGAACGCUCCCGUUCUCUAAGCACAAAGACGGGAAGUCCGAAGAGAGUUCCGUGCAGGAACAAAUCACAAAUGAAAACAAGAAUAAGAACGCUGAUGGUGAGGAAAAUGUACUAUCCUACGAAGCAGUUCAGCGAGUGACGAUAGAAUAUACACGGCCUAUAAUAAUAGUCGGUUCUCUAAAAGACCGCAUCAACGAGGACCUGAUCUCUGAAUUUCCAGACAAGUUCGACAGCUGUAUACCACAUACAACAAGGAGUAAGCGUGAAUAUGAGGUGGACGGUCGUGAUUAUCAUUUUGUCACGUCGAGGGAACAAAUGGAAAGGGACAUCCAAAACAAUCUGUUCAUCGAGGCCGGCCAGUACAAUGAUAAUAUCUACGGCACAGCCGUUGCUUCAGUACGAGAAGUUGCCGAGAAGGGAAAACAUUGUAUUCUCGAUGUCAGCGGCAAUGCUAUCAAGAGAUUGCAGAUGGCACAAUUGUAUCCUAUUACUAUCUACAUAAAACCUAAAUCUGUCGAAUCUAUUAUGGAGAUGAACAAAAGGAUGACCGAGGAUCAAGCUAAAAAAGUUUUCGAUAGAGCUGUUAAAGUGGAGCAAGAAUUUGGAGAGUAUUUCACAGCGGUUGUACAAGGUGAUACGCCAGAAGAUAUAUACGCAUUGGUGAAAAAAGUUAUAGCCGAACAAUCGGGUCCGACAAUUUGGGUCCCGUGUCGAGAUCAACAAUUGUGACCUCCUCUAACGGAUUACUGGAUAUGUAAUUCGCAUAGCGACUAAGGAAUCAAAGAAAAAAACCAAUUGUUUCUCGUGCCUUUCGAAGAUGACUAGAUCUGAGCAGGAUAACUAAGUGGUUGGAUGUUCUCAUUGUUUUCAACACCCACACACGAAACUCACACUUACACACUUAUCUCGCUUUCCUUCGUAUCAGCUGCAUUUUUCCUUUUUUUCUUCCCACAUCUUUUAUUUAACAAAAUGCACCGGUCAGUUACCAGCGUUUGCGUUCUAGUUGCAUUCCUGUGCCAAAUGCGCUUUUUUGAACGCCUUCUUGACAAUACCAGUAUUGACAACGACCGCUUAUGUACACAACUUGUUCACUAAAAGAGAAAGAACUUUAAUACAUACACAAACUAAUGCAUAGUAUUGACUUCAUUAUGAAUGCUAAGAAUUGCAUUGUUUUCUUCUAUUUUUUUUCCAUGUAUAUGGAAUAAUUUACGGACAAACUCUAUAAUGAUUUUUUCUAUUUCUUUUUUUUUCUUUUACUUAAUGCAAAAAAAGAAAGAACUUAUUUCCGCAUUGUGCAUUUAAAAAGACGUAUAUAAUUUUAAUUUGUACAUAGCUAUUUAAUAUGUAAUUAAAUAAGUGAAGAGAAAAAGGAAUAUUUGUAAAUAGAAUAAUAAUUGUAAAUUGUACAUAAUUUAGUUUGUAAAAAUACAGAUCUAUUAUCGUCUUUGUUGAUGCAUUUGUACAUUAAUUUCAGCAUCAUUCAGAUAGUUUAGCUAAAUCAAUUUAAGAAUGAAAAAAAAUUCUAUAUUAGAAUUACGUAACGAUAUAAUGUUCUAGUUUCUCAAACGAAAUUAACCAUUAUUGUAACUAAUUCUUUCUAUAACUAAUAUUAUCUCUCACACUUUCGCGCGUAUCAUCGUCAGCAGCAGAUUCUAAUAAUUUUUUUAAGAACAUAAUGAAGUAUGUAUUAGUUAGUUAGAUUGUAGAAAAAAUUAUUAGCACGAAUUAUCGAUUCUUUAUUUUGUAAAUGUAUGUCGUAUUGUAAACCAAAAUACUUUAUGUUUAUUGUUAUCAAUGACUAGCAAAAAUGUAAUAAUAAAGUGAUAUACAAUUUUU